UUCUUAUUUUCUUCCACGCAACAAACCAUUCUCUUCACUUCCUUUCUUUCUUGAAGUUCUCCUUGUAGCGGUCAACCUUCUGCUGUAUUGAUUUCUUGUGGAGUAAUAAUUAGUGGGCGUUGGCCUCUUUUGUUCUUUCGGUGUUAUUGGAGCUGCUCGUUGGUGGGUCGGAGCUUGUUGCCAGCUGGUUCUUCUAAGGAAAGAUCGUGGUUUUGCUCCAGCUUAUGAUUUGCAGAAUUUGCCAUAAACACUUGGGUUUUGGGAUGGACUGGUUGUUUUUCCCUGCCAUCAAGAUUUAUAAAUGAUGUUCCGUCGGCAAAAGGCUGCAAACUCUAUUGGCAUAUUUAAGUGGAAAUGGGGCGGUGAAUCGUCUUUGAGAACAGGCUUACUAGGUGAUGCGCCUCCUGAAAUUGAGUUAUCUGGAUAUGGAAGAGUACCACCAAGUUCUGGUAGUGAGAGCCCUUCAGGGCUUCUUAAUGGUGAGACUUUGAAUGUGGAAUCGAUUGCUGACUUGGACUUGUUCUUUGAACGGCUCUAUAGCUACUAUUGUGAGAAAGGCCUUUGGUGCAUCAUUAUAAAAUGGAUAGUUGAACUUCUGAGCCUAGGCUUUACCAUAUGUUUCUCUGGGUUUUUCUUAUUGUUUGUUGAUUGGAAUGGUCUCCGAAAUGCAAAGUGUGGUAUGGAUGCAUUUGAAUCUGGAAGUAAGCAAUGUGAUCUUUCUAAGGAAGCUCUUCAUCAGCACCCAUUAACCCCUUUAACACUUUCAAAAGCAAUUAUAGUUGGAUAUUUGGGGCUAUUUUCCAUCUACUGGAUAUUCUGUUUUUUUAGGUUUUUUGCACAAUUAAAGGAUACUCUUGGAAUACGUCAUUUCUAUUAUAAUAGUCUCCAUGUUACUGACAAUGAAAUUCAAACCAUGCCUUGGGCAAAAAUCCUGGAAAGUGUCCUAUUACAAAUCUCACAGAAACUCUGUGUAGUCAAAGAUCUUUCUGCUCAUGAUGUUGUUAUGCGAUUGAUGCGGAAGGAGAACUACUUGAUUGGAAUGCUUAAUAAAGGAGUGCUUGCAUUUCCUCUCUCAACCUGGGUUCCGGGUGCUGGUCCAACUUUCAAACUUGGCCCUGAUGGAAUGCAACAUCGUCUAAUACUGACAAAGACACUAGAAUGGACCUUAAAUUGGUGUAUACUGCAGAGCAUGUUUGACCGAAAGUUCUGUAUUAGAGGGGACUUCAUUUCUAAUCCUAGAACAUUGAAGAAUAGGCUCAUGGUUGUCGGGCUUGCUAUGCUUCUUCUCUCCCCGUUCCUUGUUAUAUUCAUGGUGGUUUAUCUCUUCUUAAGACAUGCUGAACAAUUCUAUAAUCACCCAAGCACAGCUUCAUCCCGGAGAUGGUCAAAUUUGGCAAAGUGGAUGUUUAGGGAAUUCAAUGAGGUUGACCAUUUAUUCAAGCAUCGGAUUAAUAGCAGUGUAAUGCAUGCGUCUGAGUACCUAAAGCAAUUCCCCUCACCAAUUAUUUCCAUCAUUGCAAAGUUUAUCUCAUUUGUAUCUGGUGGCUUUGCUGCCGUCUUAAUCAUCAUUGCCUUUCUGGAAGAAUCUUUGUUAGAAGGCCAUAUAUUUGGUCGGAACUUGUUUUGGUAUGCUGCUGUUUUUGGAACCAUAACAGCUAUUAGCCGAGCUGCUGUUACAGAUGAAAUUUUGGUCCUUGAUCCAGAAGGAGCAAUGUCUAUAGUGGUGCAACAUACGCAUUAUAUGCCAAAGAGAUGGCGUGGUAAAGAAAAUACUGAAACAGUCCGAAUAGAGUUUGAAACUCUGUUUCAGUAUACUGGAAUGAUGUUGCUGGAGGAGAUUGCCUCAAUUUUCCUCACUCCAUUCUUGCUUCUAUUUGUUGUGCCAAAGCGGGUGGAUGACAUCUUGCAGUUCAUUGCUGAUUUUACAGUGGAUGUUGAAGGUGUUGGUCACGUUUGCAGUUUUAGUGUCUUUGAUUUCCAAAAACAUGGCAAUAGUAAUUAUGGCUCUCCGCACAAUGCACCUCGUGAACAGAGGAGCUCCCAGGGGAAAAUGGAGAAAUCAUUCUUGAGGUAUGAUUAGGUUAAUCAAAUUUAUAUUCUUGCCUACACUUGCA